AUGGAUCCACUGUCUACUGAGUAUAGAUUCGUUUCGAUUGUGGAUGAUGAGACUUUCUCCCUCCACGAGUUCACUUCGCCUGUUCCUAAACAAAUUAAGGAUUUACGAUCUGUGCUCGGCACCGGGAUGGCUGUUUUCUGGAAUCCUUCCAUUAGAAAAUCAAUCGGGAUAACUUUUCCUGAUCUUUCGUUUGAAAAACAAUCAGUUGGUAUACAUGUGCACGUGUCACAAUGGUCGUGUCAUUAUACUGUUCUUGGUUUUGGGGUCUGUCCUACCACUAAAGACCCUACACUUGUGAAGUUUACACGUAUUACCAAAAGGGAGCCCAGAACUUAA